CACGGCGGUGGGGAGCAGGGGGGUGGCGGGGCAGGGGGGCACCCCUGUGGCUUUCCCCCCUCCCCGCAGGAGGAUGUUCCCCACCUUCCAGGUGAAGCUGUCGGGGUUGGACCCGUUGGCCGACUACGUCCUGCUGAUGGACUUCGUGCCAUUGGAUGACAAGAGAUACCGGUACGCCUUCCACAGCUCGUCCUGGCUGGUGGCUGGCCGUGCUGACCCAGCAGCUCCCGGCCGCGUCCACUUCCACCCUGACUCGCCAGCCAAGGGCGCCCAGUGGAUGCGGCAGAUCGUCUCCUUUGACAAGCUCAAGCUCACCAACAACCUCCUGGAUGACAACGGACACAUCAUCCUCAACUCCAUGCACCGCUACCAGCCCCGCUUCCACGUGGUGCUGGUGGACCCCCGGCGUGACAGCGAACGCUUUGCCCACCAGAACUUCAAGUCCUUCAGCUUCCCCGAGACCCAGUUCAUGGCGGUGACGGCAUACCAGAACCACCGGAUCACCCAGUUGAAGAUCGCCAGCAACCCCUUCGCCAAAGGGUUUCGGGACGGCGAGCCUGAGCCAUGGUGUGGGGCCACGCUGUCCCUCCCCCAGGCCACCAUACAGGACAAAGGUUUCUCUGCGCCCCACUUCCAGCCCCUCCCCUACCCACCCCCCAGUGUCUACAUGGGGGCCAAGCCCCGUGCCAGCCCCUACCCCCUCCCUGCCCUGCAGCCAGAUGGCUUCGGCUACGGGCAGCAGUGA